AUGUCCACGUCCACGAUUAUUGCAACGGAAAAUUUAGCUGAAGAAAUGGAAAGCUGGGGUCUUCACCAUGCAACAUACUGGAGUCGUAACCCAAGCUCUUGGGGUUGCUUGAGCGAUUGGGAUGUUCAAUUUAUUGAGGAAACUCCUGGUUGCACUAGAGACGAAUCACAUCGAAACCUUGGUAUUGAGCUUAAUAUCCUUCUUAAUAAAUUUCCAAGCACAAGUCGACAAUACUCGAAGGCAAACGCGUUGAAAAAGGCUUUGGGGAACUCUGAUGGAGAUUCCGCGAAUAUUUUGUUAUGGGAAAAGCAUCUCGAAGAAUUAAAAUCGAUGGCUAUUUCGGAUCGGGUACAUAGAGUAUGUAUUGUUUUUGAUCUUACUAAACAAGAAAUUGGGCGAGCCGAAGAGCAGAUAUCAGAGAAAUCAAAAAAACGUAAAGCUAGCACGAAGGGAAGUGAGAUAUCAUUAAGCUCUUUCAGCAACAACAAUGAAGAAGAGAAUUACAACAAGCAAGAGAAUGAUGCUAUAGCUAGUGAUUCGGUUGAUGAUUUUCACGAAGUGGCGGAAUCAAUGAUUGGGAAAGUGGAAAGAACAGCACUGAUGGCGGAUGAUGUCAAUUUGGAGGAAAUUUUCGAAGGUUACUGUAAUGAAUGCGAAAAUAUCUUUGACUUAUGUUAUAGUGACAUAAUGGAUCUUAGACCUGCUUCAAAAUUCUCAGAAAAAAUUCCUGAAGUGAUCUGGGAGAAAUUCGUUACAAACACAUAUCCGGAACACGAAAUAUCUGAAUCAUGGGAAAAAUUAAUACAGGAGAUCUUCAAGCCAAAAGAGACAUUUGCAGGAUGGAUGGAAGUCUGGCGCGGACUUUAUACAUACGAAAGCAAUAGAGACCCAACGAUACUGCUGAUAAAAGAUGCAAUACAUAAUAUUCUUACCCCAUAUAUUGAAGCUUUCAAGGCGCCAUACAAUCUAUUAAAAUCAGGUAGCCUUGGGGAGAAUCAGUAUAACUCACAAUUUGUGAGUCCAAUAUUGAGUAAUACACUCAAGGUUAUCCUUGAUGUCAACUGGAGAAUCCUUGAAGUCCCUGUUGAAAGUAGCAAGCACCGACGUAAUGCUAAAAUAAACCCAAUUAUUGACACUGUCUUGGAAGCCAAACGUGCAGAUGGUCUUGCCUGCUUCUGGAAAAGUAAUGAGGAAGUGUUCAUAUAUGAACAGACGGGACCGCCAGAUUUCGAUGAUGUCACUCAAAUUGCCAUCCAUGAUUACAAGUUAGUUCGGACCAUGAGAGAUGUACUAAAUCAGAGAAUAAUGCUUCGUCUUAGAGAUGGAAUAUCAGAUAAUAAAAAUCUAGCAAGCUUUGGUGCAUUUGGACAUCGCACUGAGGUAUCCUUAUUUUGGUGUACAAUGCACCAAAAAUCGUAUUGCCUUCAAGAAUUCGGAAGUUUUAAAGUUCCUACAAUUUGGCAGGAACUUCCUGUACUAGCUGAAGCAAUUAUAACCUGCCUGAAAUUUUUUUUCUUUAUGAAAGAAAAUGUCAAAGAGGUUAGGUUAUAUACUGACCAAAAAAAUAAGUUAUUUGUCAAGCGGAAAGUUCAUGCAGUAAAGCAGAAUCCACCAUCACCAAGCCGACCUAAGAAACGAAAAAAUAAAAAGAAUUAG